UUCAGCCACCGAUCUCUCAGUUCUGGCCCCAGUUUCCUGAAUCAUCACAAUGACACUCUCUUACCCUGCGAUGCGGAGCCACGGGCUCGUUUUCAGGACCCAGUCCGCCGUGCCCAACAAGAAGCUCACCAACACAGCAAGAGCAAGAACGGGAAAGAAAUCGCCGGCCACAAACAACAACCACCGCCAGCAAAAGAACAAGACCAACAAGGAGAAGGAGGAGUACUCUGCUCCUGUCGUUGAUGGCUUUGAAAGAAACGAGCUAUUACGUAAUGGAUGAGAGGACAAGAAGACUCGUGGAGAUGGCUAAUCGUUACCUCAGAAAGCACCGUUCGGAUGACGGAUGUUCGCCAAAGAGGCAAAGGCUGGACAACUAAGCUUCUACUAUCCACUGCUACAAAGUGGUUAAAUUAGACUUGAGCCCUAAAUUUUCGGUACUUAAUCAAUUAAUUGUUAAACCAGCAGCGCCAAGAGAUUUGUGUUAUUUGUUAAUCUUUCUCUUUUGUUAGUCCAAGAGGACCGGAUGUGCAUACUGAGUACUGACUGAUCAAUUCGAUCGGUGUUUUCAUUGAGUUUACAAAUACACGUACAGUUUUAUG